CUAUAAAACACAACAAAUCAUAAAGCCGGGAAAGGACGGCAGGCUCCUUCCAAUGAGUUCUUAUUUUGUCAACUCGACCUUCCCGGUGAGUCUGGCGGCGGGGCAGGAGCCCUUCCUGGGACAGAUCCCGUUAUAUCCCUCGGGCUAUGCGGAUCCUUUGAGGCACUAUCCCACCACCUACGGAGCCACGGGCGUGCAGGAGAAGGGGUAUGCGUCCUCUGCCUACUACCAGCAAGGCAACGGAGCCUACAGCCGCGGCUCCGCGUGUGACUAUGGGGCCGGCGGGUUUUUCCGCGAGAAGGACCCUGCGUGCGCCCCCUCCAACCUGGACGAGGUGCCCUUCGCCCCCGAGCCGCGCAAGUCGGACUGCGCGCAGAGCAAAACUGUGUUCGGAGAGAGCGAGGAGCAAAAGUGUUCCGCCCCGGUUUACCCCUGGAUGCAGCGGAUGAACUCUUGCAAUAGUUCCUCCUUCGGGCCCAGCGGCCGCAGAGGCCGCCAGACCUACACCCGCUACCAGACGCUGGAGCUGGAGAAGGAAUUUCACUUCAACCGCUACCUGACGCGGCGGCGGCGCAUCGAGAUCGCGCACAGCCUCUGCCUCACCGAGCGCCAGAUCAAGAUCUGGUUCCAGAACCGGCGCAUGAAGUGGAAAAAGGAGAACAAACUGCUCAACUCCUCGCAGCUGAGCGCGGAGGAGGAGGAGGAGAAAACGGCGGAGUGAAAGUAUUAUUUAAAAAAAAAAGAGAGAGAGAGAGGGAGUGAGUGAGUGAGUGUGAGCGAGGGAGAGCCAAGAGCUGGAGGGUGGCGCGGGGCCGGCUGCGAGGAAGCCGAGCACAUUGGUGGGACAAGCCCUCUGCAGCAACGGCCACAGCUAGAAAGUUUGGGCCACCAAUGCCAUGGACUCGUGUUUCUAGUAAUUCUGUCGUGUCCAGGGAAAAAAAAAAAAAAAAAAAAAAAAAAAAAAAAAAAAAGAGGCUUCUAGUUGCGUUUUUUUUUCCUUCCUAGACCUCCCUCCCCUCCCCCCCAUAAAGAAAAAAAAAAAGAAAAGUAAAGAGAUAGAGAGAGAAGGGGGGGAAAGAAAGAAAAGGAAAAAGAAAAGAAAAAAAAACAAAAAACAAAGAAAAAAAAGGACUCCUACUCGCCUUUCUACCCUUGGUGUCACUGUUAGUAAUCUGCUAACUCUUGUAUUUAAUGGAAGUGCUGCAAUAUAUGUCAUUUGGGGUGUUUAUUGUCUUAAUUUUGUAAAAAUGUUUCAUGCACGGUUGACAUAGAUCUUUUUAAUUUUUCCUGUUUCUUUUUGUUUUCCUUUGGUAAAUUAAUCAAGC